AUGCUGGAAAGAACUGCAGUCUUCUUCCUCCUCCUCCAGGGCCCGGUGUCCUUCGAGGAGGUGGCCGUGUCUUUCACCUGGGGGGAGUGGACCCUGCUGCGCCCGGCCCAGAGAGCUCUCUACAAGGACGUCAUGCUGGAGAACUUUGGGAACGUGGCCUCGCUGGGUGAGGAUCCCCAUCUCCUUGUCUCUCUCCUCGAUGCAGGGAGGAGUGACUGCGAUUCCUUCAAGAGCCAGUCUCUCACCGAUUGUUCCAGCUCCUCCAGCCGUUCCCCGGUCGACUCCUCCGGGAUCGGCUCCCGAGGACCUGUGACAGCCAAACCUGACCUCAUAUCAUGGCUGGAAGGAGAAGACGAGCUGUCUGCUCCGUUCUCUGAGGAGGAGGCGGGAUUGACAGGAGACAUGGGACAGUCAUCGAAUGAAGCCGAAGAACACCGAUGGAUGGAUACAUAUUCUGAUGCGAAAGAGAAGUUUGAAUAUUUGGAUGCACCGAGGAAGGAGGAGGGAAAACAUCAACCUAAAGGGAGGAGUAAUUCCGGGCUUUUACAGGAGGAUGAUUCUCUGCACCAAGAAGUAGGUCGAGGAGGCAACAGGAAUGACUGCACUGCAAGCGAGGAAAAUGUCACUGAAAUAUCCAUUAUUAAUAUUCAGCAAAGGGUUUGUAACAGAAAGAACAUAUAUAAAUGCCUGGAGGGUGAAAAAAGUUUCAGACAGAGAGUGCACGUUACUUUCUAUCAAAGAAUUCACACAGGGGAGAAACCAUAUAAAUGCCUGGAGUGUGGGAAAAGCUUCAGUCGCAGUUCACAACUCAGAGUCCAUCAAAAAGUUCAUACAGGGGAGAAACCAUACAAAUGCCUGGAGUGUGGGAAAAGCUUCAGUCAGAGUUCCAGUCUUACUUCUCAUCAAAGAAUUCACACAGGGGAGAAACCAUAUAAAUGCCAGGAGUGUGGGAAAAGCUUCAGUCAGAGUUCACACCUUUGUGUUCAUCAGAAAAUUCACACAGGGGAGAAACCAUAUAAAUGCCUAGAGUGUGGGAAAAGCUUCAGUUACAGUUCCAGUCUUACUUCCCAUCAAAGGAUUCACAAAGGGGAGAAGCCAUAUAAAUGCCUAGUGUGUGGGAAAAGUUUCAUUCAGAGUUCAUGCCUUCGUGUUCAUGAGAAAAUUCACACAGGAGAGAAACCAUAUAAAUGCCUGGAGUGUGGAAAAAGCUUCAGCCAGAGUGCACACCUUACUUCCCAUCAAAGAAUUCACACAGGGGACAAAUCAUAUAAAUGCCUGGAGUGUGGGAAAAGCUUCAGUCACAGUUCCAGUCUUACUUCCCAUCAAAGGAUUCACAAAGGGGAUAAAUCAUAUAAAUGCCUAGUGUGUGAGAAAAGCUUCAUUCAGAGUUCAUGCCUUCGUGUUCAUGAGAAAAUUCACACAGGAGAGAAACCAUAUAAAUGCCUGGAGUGUGGAAAAAGCUUCAGCCAGAGUGCACACCUUUCUUCCCAUCAAAGAAUUCACACAGGGGACAAAUCAUAUAAAUGCCUGGAGUGUGGGAAAAGCUUCUGUCGUCAUGAUAGCCUUACUUUCCAUCAAAGAACUCACACAGGGGAGAAACCAUAUAAAUGCCUGGAGUGUGGGAAAAGCUUCAGUCAGAGUUCCAAUCUUACUUCCCAUCAAAGAAUUCACACAGGAGAGAAACCAUAUAAAUGCCUGGAGUGUGGGAAAGGCUUCAUUGACAGUUCCGGUCUUACUUCCCAUCAAAGAAUUCACACAGGAGAGAAACCAUAUAAAUGCCUGGAGUGUGGGAAAGGCUUCAUUGACAGUUCCGGUCUUACUUCCCAUCAAAGAAUUCACACAGGAGAGAAACCAUAUAAAUGCCUGGAGUGUGGGAAAGGCUUCAUUGACAGUUCCGGUCUUACUUCCCAUCAAAGAAUUCACACAGGAGAGAAACCAUAUAAAUGCCUGGAGUGUGGGAAAAGCUUCAGUCAGGGAGCACAAUUUGUUUACCAUCAAAGAAUUCACCAAGGGGAGAAUCAAUACAAAUGUCUGGAGUGUGGAAAAAGCUUCAGUAGUAGUUCCAGUCUUACUUCCCAUCAAAGAAUUCACAUGGGGGAGAAACCAUAUAAAUGCCUGGAGAGGGGGAAAAACCAAAAGCAAAAAGUGAAGAUUCAUG